CGCCUGCAGUCAUGGCUGCCCCGAUGGAGAAUAUGCUGUCUCUUGGACAUCUGACCGGCACAGAGAGGAACACUUUGACAAGACAAAGAGAUCACCGGAUAAAAAAGAGCAUCAACAGGCCAGUGAUGUUGCAAGCUGACCUUUCAACUCCUCGCAGUCAUCAACAGCUCAGGGCGAUGCAUCUGCAGCAGCGCUGGCAGGAGCUAAAGGAGCGAGAGCUGACAGCCAAACAACACAACAGGCAGCUGCUGCAGCAGUUUGAGGAGGCACAGGACACUCUGAGAGAGAUGAUAACCCUCACUGCGGCCAUGAAAACUAUUCGGAUGGAAUAUGAGAGGUACCUGGAGGAGAGCUCCCCCCGCUGGAAGCAGCAACUCAAGGAGAAAACACAGGCUGCUCAGAAGAAGAGGAUGGAGGAUUAUCUGCAGUCAUGUCUAAAGAGCACAGAGGAACGAGUGACCGAGUCCUCUGCAGAUCGACCUUUACCUUCACAAGGUGCUUCCACAAUGCCACAAAAAAUGUCUGCGCCUCUGCAGCACUACAGCCAAAACAGCCACUCAGACUACAGCACUCCUCACCUCCCCUACAUGCAGCCUCACUGGCAGAUUCACCCUCAAUCCCAGACACCUAGGUUUCCCAUCAGAGCGCCCUAUCAACCUCAGAGCUCCUUUCAUGUCCCAUCUUUUCUCCCACCACCUCACCCAUUCCAGCCCUACCCUCUCACCUCCACACCCACUCAUCAUCACCCCAGACCCAGGCAGGAUCCACCAGGCUGGGCUUCCCAACAGCCCGACUACCCUUGGUCCUGGACUGUUGGUGCAGCUGCUGCUGGUGGUGGUGCAGCUGGUGCAGUUGGGAUUCCUUCAGGCUCCGAGGCUCUGUGGGGUCAGCUCUACACGGAGGAGCCCCCUCCUGAGAUGAGGGUGGCGCAGGUGGUGGGAGAGGAGGCAGGCACAAGCAGGGCACCGAGCUCAAAGAGGGAGAGAAGUGGCAGCAGCAGGAUCAGUCAUCUGUCCCAGGAGCUGGACAUCAAACCAGUUCGUCUGUCAGGUGGCCAUGCAGAGAGCAGUGAGAGCAGCAGGGAGUCCAGUCAGGCGAGCAGAGAGAAGAGGAAGAAAGGGGAGAAGAGAGGAAGCUCACAGUGCUCCUCCUCAGACUUAGAAAGGUGCAGCUCUAAGGAGUCAUCUGGGACUUCCAGUGUUGUCGUCAUUGCUGCGGUCACAGUGGCCCAAAGCUCAGAAAGUGACAGCUCAUCAGUGAAAAGUAGAACCAGCUCUAGCAGGAGGACGAGGAGAAGUGGGGGGCUUGCUGUGGGAUCACCGAGUGCUGAGAAGGUGACAAAGGAAAGGACCAAGAGCAAGGGAGAUGACUCAAGUAGUCCAACUAGUGAGGAGCUGGGGAGUCCAGUGGAGCAAUCCAAGAGUAAAAAAGUGGGGGAUCAAAGUCCUGAUGACAAAUCAGAGAGCUGUGGAGAGGAGUCUAGAUCCCAGAGGGAGGAGGACUCAGGAAGUGUUAGUAUAAAGAUUGAACAUGGAGAUGAAAUGGAAAAGCAGGAGAGUAGCAGCUCUGAGCAAGGCAGUGUGGGGGAAAAGGACGAGGAAGAAGAGGGGCAUGAGGAAGAUCUGGAAAAUGGAAAAGAUGAUGACGGUGAAGAAAAAGAGAACAGUCAGACAGAUGAAAAGCAAGAGGAGAGAGGAGUGGAGGAUGAUGAUGAGGCUUCUGAGGGAAAGAAUACAACAGAGGAAGAAGACGAGGAGCAUGAGAAAGAUCUGGGGGAUGGAUGUGAUGAUGGUGACGCUGAAGAAAAAGAGAACAGUCACACGGAUGAAGAGCAAGAGGAGAGAGGAGGAGUGGAGGAUGAUGAUGAAGCUUCUGAAGGAAAGAGUACAUCAGAGGAAGACGAGGAGGCCGGAGCAGAGGAUGAGGCUGAGUCGUCGUCGUCGUUGGAGAAAGAUGAUGGUGAAGAACAGUCAGACAGGUUGAAGAAUGAAGACAGUGAGAACGGAAAGAAGGGUUCAGCAUCUUCUCAGGAUGAAGAGGUGGACGAGGAUGAGAGUGAAGGAGAUGAGGACAAGAUGGAGGAAGGAGAAUCAGAUGAAGGAGAGGAAGGAGCGGGGGAGGAGAAAGAGGAGCAGAGAGAUGGAGCAGAACCAGAGGAUGAAGAAGAUUCUGACGACAGUAUCAUCUUACCACAGAACAAAUCUAAAAAGAUGCACAUCAUCCAAGAGGAGGCACGUGAAGAUGAUGAAGAGGACGAGGAGGAGGGGCGUAAAACAGGCUCCUCUGACGAUGACUCAAACGAGGGCAGUGAUGAGGAUGAUGUCGAGCAUCUCCUCGCACCUCAAGAACAAUCACAGAGGAAAGAAGAAAAGGAUCUGAAAGCCAACGAGAAAUCCAAAGCCGUCUGUGACAACAUGAUGGCUUUUCAAGUGAAGCCGGACAAAUCGAAGUCUGACCACCAAAGUGACUCUGAUGAGUUUGACAACUUCUAUGGCUAAAUGUGUUUGUCUUAACUGCUGAAACCGAAAGGACAAAACACUACCUCAGAAUUAUAUAUGUAUAUGUAUUAAAAACUACUUAUGUUAAGUCAAUGGUAGAGCUGAUUCUUUUCUAAAUGUUGAAUAAUUUCCAUCCAAACAUUAAAAAUCUUACUGUAUUUAUUUGGACUACAAGUUAAACUACAAAGCUUUUAAUCAGAACCACAGACACAGAUACAACCCUGAGACAAACUGCACUCUAGAAGUACAAAGUGUGACAGUUUAUUGAAGAGAUUGUUAUUGCUGCUGUGUUUUAUAUUCCACCACAGACAUGUUUGUCAUAUAAAAAUAAACCAAAGGGCACGACGGUUGAAACAUUA